CUUGUUCAAUUAGGAAAUCAGCGCACCGUAUAUAUACAUGCAUGUCUCCAUUCUUUUUCUCUCUCUCUCUCUCUCUUUCUCUCUCUCUAUCUAACUGCGCUUCCUCUGACCCAACCCUGCCGCGAAAACCACUCCGUUCUCAGACGGCUACUUCUCUUCAACCCAACAGAGAAAAUACAAGCGGUCAAAGAUGGGUCAGAAGAAGAUGGUGGAAAGACGUAUAUCGAUGAAGGGCGUUGAUCUUAUUAAGGUAGAUGAAGAAGAAGCUGCAAAUUUGCGUAAGGGUCGAAAAAAGAUGGUGGAAAGACGUACAUGGGCGAGAGCCGAUAAAAAAGAUAGAGGUAUAUCGGUGAAGGACGUUGAUCUUAAGGAAUAUGAAGAAGAAGCUGCAUAUUUACGUAGCCUUAGAACACUGGACGGCUAUGUGGGUACGGGUUUGUUUUCUAAAAGAGAAGAUGUUAGAGAAGAGGCUUUAUCUGAAAUUGUCAAGGCUUUUACCCAUAGCACAAAGCUUGAGAUCGUAGAGACGAAAUUUGCCACUAUAAUGCUUCGGUGUCUCAAUUCGCUGAAGAAGGGGUCUGCUAAGGAGAUUUGUUUGGCAGCUAAAGCUAUUGGAUUACUAGCCGUGAUUCUUGGUCCUGGGGAUAGUGCAAGGGAAUUAUUUGAAGAAUCUCUUUCAACAUGUUCCCAAAUGCUCGGCUUUCAAGCUGAGUCUGUAAAUGUAUUGGAGUGUUUAGCUAUCGUGACUUUAGUUGGUGCAGAAGAUUUUUCAGAUAUUGAAAGAUCGAUGAAAUUCAUAUGGAAAUAUAUAAGUUCAAAUGAGGCAUCAACACCUGUUCUAGCUGCAGCAAUAUCUGCUUGGUCACUCCUCCUUACCUCAGUUGAUGAACGGCAACUUGAUCACAAAUGCUGGCAAGGGGUAAUCUCCCACUUUCUAAAUUUGCUUCAUGAUGAGGAAUCUGUCCGGGCUUUAUGUGUUGAAGCUCUUGGAGUGAUAUUUGAAAAAGGGUGUGUUGAGAAGUUUUCAGCCGAAGCUUAUAAAGCUUUCAUGCAAAGCCUUGAUGACAAAGAUGAUGAAUUUUCAUAUUUCAAAAAAUGGAAGUAUGAGAUUGUGGAACAAGUCAGUGCCGUAUGCGACCCCAACUGGAAAGUUUCAAAGCUUUUUAAGGAGGGACAUACAUUGAAAAAGUCUAUGUUCAUUUGUGGAAAUAGCUUAAAACUUUCGACAUUGGCUCAGCUUAAAAAGUUUAACUUUAUAAAGCAGUUUUUGGGAGAUGGAUUUGAAACGCAUGUGAUGGAAAAUGAGUUCCUUCACAGAGUCCUUCGCUUCAAAGUAAAAGAAGCUCCAAACGGCCCUGAAUUAUAUGUACCUGAAAAUGAAGAGGUUACUGUCCGAUACUUCUCACUGGACAUAAGGAAGGACAAAUGUAAGGAGAAAUUUGAGAGGUCGCCUAAUUCUCUGGUGAGCAAGGCAAGGACUCAGUUGAUGAAAAAGCAUCGCAUUCUAGCACAGGACAGGAAGAUGGGUGACUUUCUAGCAUGCUAGAAAUUUUCCAGCACGUACUUCUUAUUUUAAUGGUAAUGGGUGCAGUUUCUUGUGUUUCUUUUUCCUCAUCAAGAGUUGUAAUUUAUUUUUUUCCUUUUGUCACUUUUGGCUCUAUUGGAUUUUAACAUAAUUAUUUUGAAGUAAGAUUUGUUGCUUGAUAUACGCGCGCCAUUGGUUGUGCUCCUUUUUGUAAUAAAAAUCCCACUGUGUUGUGUGUCA